UCAUCCGAUCUACUGUUCUGUCUCUCAGCCAGACGGUCGUACGCUAUAUUAUCCUCUCCGUUUACAUCUCCUCUUCCCCUUAUGUCGUCUACACCAGGCCGUUCGUCAAAUGUCCUGAGUGAAUAGAUCAAGCUUAGAGAGUUGGUGUUGUUGAGUGAUGCCCUCCAUACGGAGGAGAGCCAAAAUUCUGCAGAUUAACUGUCUGGCCAAGUGCACUGCCUCUGUAAAUUCUGUAGUAUGCCGAUUUUUGUUUAUAAAGAAUGGAUCACCAAGUCUCUUAACUGUGGAUCUGUUCCCUCUGCAUCAACCUUACCAUGGAUUUGGGUUGUGGAAGCACUUGCAAGUUCCAAACAAAUAGAUGCAUCCCUUCUAAUUGAUUUGGUUAAGAGAAUUCCUGAAACUUCUGAUGAUUUUGAGAGAAGUGCAAAAAAAAUGCUCUCAUUGAGAAUUUUACAGAAUUUAUUCAUCAAAAGAAACAGGAACUUGGAUGGCACGUCCUUGGCAGCAGGCUCUAAGAUGAGGUUGGGUCUGUCAGAGCGCUGUGAAGAUCGACUUUGUAAACUAUUGCAAGAGAUAUCUGCAUCAAGUUUAAAAAUGACUGAAACAGAGAUUCUGAAUAUGGAAAGUUCUACAUUGCCGCAAUCUUUUUUGUUACAACUAAAGGAUAUGUUUGUGAAGGGAAGUGAUCCUCAUCUUGCACCCUUGAAGCAAAGAAGUGGCUUGCCAAUCACUAAUCAAUCUGGAAAUGCAACUUCAGUGGAUGUAAGUGCCUUUAAUGGCAUUGGAGAAACAUGUGAAGAGAAAAAUUUCGAACAUCAUGCAGAAAAUGGAAACUCAGUAGCUUCUACACAUGAUAAUGAGAACAACCUGAAAGAAACUCUGCACGAUAGAGACCUCCUACUCGCCAAGAAGAGAAAAUGUGUUUCUGCUGGUAAUCAGGGAAAAGUAAGCCCUGAAGAGAGAAUUGUCUUAGAUGACUAUUCUGGUGGUCCUGGUGCUAGUAAGGUAACCAAAAAGUGCAAACUGUCUGCUGCUUUUGAUACAAAUUGUGUACAUAUUACAGAAUGCACCGAAAAAGAGGGGUGCAAUUUGGAAAAUGAAUCCCAAGCUAGGAGCUUGGAAGAAAGUGGAUCUCAUGCAGUUAAAGGUAGUGUUCAUGCUACAAAAUGCAUAGGAAAAGAAGGGGCCAAUUUUAGAAAUAAAUCCCAGGCUCGGGGCUUGGAAGAAAGGGGAUCAGGUGUACAACUUUGUAAUUCAAAUGAUGCAAGACAGCCUUUACCCCAACAGCUUUCUCAUGCCAAUGGAACUAAGAGAAAUUUUCAGCAUGAUCUGUCAAAUGGUGGACCCACGCAUACAAUCAGAGGCAAAGUUGACAGUUCUCAUGAAUUGCAAUCAUGUAGUGACAGUGAUGAGUAUCAUGAAGAGAUGAUUCAGAUUACAUCAAAGAAAACUGUGUUCUUGAACUCUCAAUGCACAUAUAGUCAAGAUUCUUUAGAGACCACUGGCUUGAAAGAGCUAAAUCUUUGCGUGAAGUGUAAUGGAGGUGGUCAGUCCACUCAGUUGUUGGUUUGCAAUUCUGAAACUUGCCCGUUAGUCAUCCACAGUAGCUGCUUGGGUUCUAUUCCCAGUUUUGAGAAAGAUGGAAGGUUUUACUGCCCAUUUUGUGCAUAUUCUCGAGCAAUUUCACAGUACAUGGGAGUUAAAAAGAAGGCCUCACUUGCAAGGAAAGAUCUUGCAUCCUUCAUUGGUGUGCAAAUUGAGCAACCACAGAACAACUUUUCAACAAGAUCUUCUAGAUCAAAGACAAGUCAACCAAGGCAAGAUGCCGAACAACAAUGUGAAAAGGAUGAAACAAACAGUAGCAGAUUCUUUUUAAAGGAUACUAGCUUACCACAAUGUAGUGCUAAUACAGAAGAGAAGCAACAAGAGCAGCAGUCAGUUUCAUCUGACGGUGAUGGUUCACCAUCAAAGAAUAAAAGGACUUCAUCAACCAAUGCAAUUGUAGUCUAUGUCGAAAAGGGCCCCCUCUAUCCAAAUGAGGAUGAUGAUCAAUCUCAUAAUGAGACACCUGCUAUCACAAUAAAAAACAUGCAGGGUAUGCCUCAUGGAGAUCCAGAGAGGGUGACCCGUAUGAACUUGCAAUCUGAACUCACCCCAAGGACUGAUUUGGAAGAAAGCUCUGAAGAAGAGAAGGGAAAAUCUCAGGCUUCAGGGUAUCGUAUACGGUUCCGCAAACCAGAGAAGAAACGCUCCUUCCCCGAGAUCACCCAAUGGAGGCGGAAGAACAUACCUUGGACUAAAGAAGAGGAGGAAGCUCUAAAGGAUGCUGUGGAAAAAUAUAAAACCACCAAAAACAGAAAUAUGCCGUGGAAGGAGAUAUUGGAAUUAGGAGCUGAUCAUUUCUGGAAAGGCCGUACUGCUGUGGACCUAAAAGAUAAAUGGAGAAACAUAUGCAAAGGAAGCAGCUCCAAUGUGAAAGGAAUAUGACUUCUUCAUCUCCAAAACGGUCUUUGUUCUUCAUUCAGCAUUUUAGCUAUAAAAGUUACUCACCGAAAUAUAUUGCCACAGUACAAGUGACAUUGUAAGCCCCCACCCCAACCAUUUGUUUUGUCCAGCUAUUCUUGCAAUGUACAUAAAUACGCAUGUCAAACCUGAUAAAUAAUCAAAUAUUUUAUUGCUUAAAUUUACAGGUCUCCCAAUUUUGUAAUGUUCCACUUUCUUAAUUAUUGGCAGGCC